AUGGCCACCGAUCCACGAGCAUUACUACAAAAGGCCGAUAAAGCCGUACAGGGUGCAACAGGUGGCUUCAGUCUCUUUGGUGGACGUGGUGAGAAAUGGGAAAAUGCCGCCGAUUUGUACACACAAGCUGCAAAUGCCUUUCGAGUUCAGAAGCAGAACCAUGAGGCUGGCCAGGCAUUUGAGAAAGCGGCGCAAAUCCAACAAACUAAAUUAAACGAGCUAGACGACAUGGCCAAUACAUUAACCGAAGCAUUCAAAGUCUACCGAAAAGAAUCGCCUCAGGAUGCCGCUCGUGUCCUCACAACAGCCAUCGGACACUACACAUCAAAAGGUAAUUUCAGAAGAGCAGCCACCCACCAACAGAACCUGGCAGAGGUAUACGAGAUGGAGAUUGGCGACCAGAAGAAAGCCCUCGCGGCCUACGACACCGCCGCGCAAUGGUACGAGUCUGACAACGCUGAGGCCCUCGCAAACAAGCUGUACCUGAAAGUGGCAGACCUCGCGGCCUUGGAGGGUGACUAUCAGAAUGCAAUCAAUAAACUCGAAGCCGUCGCUAAAACUAGUCUGAACAACAAUCUCAUGAGAUGGAGUGUUAAGGACUACUUUCUCAAAGCUGGCAUCUGCCACCUAGCCGCUGGAGACCAGGUUGCGACCAGACGCGCACUCGACCAGUAUCGGGAGUUGGACAACUCAUUUGCAAGCACGAGGGAGAACAUGCUCUUGACGGAUCUGGUGGGCUGUUGUGAGGAGGGCGAUCAAGAAGCCUUUGCCGAUAAAUUAUUCCAAUUCGACCAGCUGAGUAAGCUCGACAAGUGGAAGACAACGCUCCUCCUCAGGGUUAAAAAUGCGAUCGAGAGCCAGGAAGACGACUUCGCGUAG